GUCAAAAUGGCGGGCCUGUCAAGAUUUGUAUCGAUAUUAACACAACUUCUACUUUUUAUAAUACACAGCACAAAGUCUUGUGGUGUGACAACACACAUUGAAAUAGGUCAUAGAGCUUUACAGACCUUCCAUACAGGUAGUCCCAAGAUUCACACAAACUUUGAACAGCUCAUGAAAAAGCACCAAGAUGCUUUCCAGGCCGGAAAUACAUAUCCAGAUGCCUAUUAUUCCAAUGCAUGUUUUAAGGGCAAGUACCACAGUAUCUCAGAAGACACACAUUGGACUCCAUUUAUGAAUGCAACCAUUAACUACAUCCGGCGCCAUUAUCCACAACCAUGGGAUGAGGCGACAGAAAAGCUAGUUGUCUUUCUGUUCGGGUUCGUAUCUCACCAGGUAGCCGAUGUUCCCUGGCAUAGUUUGGGAAUUAACCAGGGUUUUCUGGACACAAUGGGAAAGCUCAAUUUCCACGGAUCUUUCAGCACAGCCCACCCAAUAGGAGACUUUGGAGGAGACAUAUUAACUCAGUAUGAGCUGACACUGCCAUACAUCGGGGAAAUCCAAGAAUGGUACAUCCCGACAGCUGACCUGGAAAGCAUUUAUCAGGAGUUCUACGGGCAGAAUCUUUUACCUGUGAAUGUGAUUGUGGAUUGUACCACUCUUCUCUACAUUGUAUGCCUGGAAGUUUUUCGGUUUUUAAUUGUAGUUGUUGUAUAUUUCCAGCUGUUCCCUGAUUACGCGAGUAAAAGCCCAUAUCUUGUGGACAAGUUAGAGGAUUACUUUCUGGGAGGGUUGGAUGACAUGGCUGCUCAGACACAGGACAUCUGGCAGGAUACCGCCUUCAUGUUAGAGUUUGGCACCAGUGCGUGUCGGACUCCUUACAACCCUCUCUACAUCAACUGUGACGCCACAUGGACAGAUGACAAGGGAGGAAGGCCCAGAAAUGGCUACUACAGACUGCCUUACCUGGCAGGUUUGGAUCACAGCAGUAUCAACAUCACAAAGACUAAACGAGGUGUACACCUGAGUCCGUCUAAAAAAUACCUGUCCAGUUAUAAGAAAUUGCAUGAUGAACAGAGAACAGAACGUGUCGGGAAGAAUACUUGGAGUGCUAAGUCAACAAAUCUGGAUCCACUUUACUGGUUCUCCACUGAAUACUCCAAGUUGGGAUGGUCAAUGGCCUCGGGGGAUGUAAAUAAGGAUGGUUAUGAUGAUGUGAUCCUGGGCUCUCCUGGCUGGGCCACCACUGGCAGUAUACAGCAGGGACGGGUCUACAUUCUCUAUGGUAGCACGGAUGGAUUGCCCACAAAUAUGACAGAGAAGAUGACAGUUAUAGAUGGACCAUAUAAGGGCCGGUCAAAGUUUGGUUCUUCAGUAGCUGUGGUGGACAUCAACCGUGAUGGGGUAGCAGACGUAGCUGUAGGUGCCCCGUCGCUGUCUCAAGAUGGUAGCUAUCUGGACUACAGGGGAAUGGUGUAUGUGUAUUUUGGAAACGCUGCAGGCAGAAUGGCUCAGCCAAACAUGACAAUCUCCUGUCAGGCUCAAUUUUGUAACUGGGGCUUGACGAUGACAACUGGGGACCUGAAUAAUGACGGCCACCCUGACUUGUUGAUUGGGUCACCGUACGCCCUAGGUGGAGGAGAACAGAGAGGUGUAGUCGGGGGCCUGUUCUCUAGCCAGACCUACACUGUGCCAGAUAUGGUAAGACUGACAACUGAACAACUGGACUGGGUUAUGGCAGGGGAUCAGGACUACGGAUGGUUCGGAAGCAGUUUAGUGGUUAAAAACUCAUGGAUUGUGAUUGGCCAGUCUGUGUUUAGAAUAUGUGCAGAAAGUAACUGUUCUUACUCACAAAAGGAUAAGCAGAGUGUGGGGAGAAUUCAUAUUUUAAAAGCGAGCUCUAAAGGACCUGUCCUAAAACAAACUUUGAUUGGCCGUGAUGAGUUUGGGCAGUUUGGUACAAGUCUUGCAAUUGGACGACCAUAUGACAAUCAGACAGAUGUGUUAGCUGUUUCUUCUACAACAUCCAGUGUUGAUGGAGCAAUGUUUAAGGUCAAACAGGUUUGGCAACAGGCAGGACAGAUAUACCUCUAUAACUUAACAGAUCUUUGCAAGCAGCAAAACCAACUACAGGAACAAAAGAUAUCCAGUCCCAUCGCAACAUUCUCAGGAAACAGAAGAUUUGGAAGAUUUGGAGCUGCCAUUGAAUUUUGCAGCACACGACGGAAAGUUAAAAAAGGCUCAACUAUAUGUAACCAAUCGUCUUCCGUUAUUUGUAUCAUGAAUUAUUUACUUAUGCUUAUAAUUCUCUUUGAAAUUUGUAUUGUGUUUGCAGCUGAGGAAGGCAGAGUGUUCAUCUUUAAUGGAGGGGACCAUUUCCCACGAGGCAAUGCUACAUAUGGUUGCCAUGGUGAUAUUGAACCCUGCCCUGAGGAAAAAGCUGAUGUGGUGCUGUCUUACAAUAACCAGGAGGAAAAGGCUAGGUUUGGGAGAAGUUUGACUGUGGCAUCAUUCAGGCAGAAGAGCUCUUUGGUGAUCAGCGCAGCCCAUAGUUCUUGGAAAUCAGUUCGCUUACAAGGAGCUGUCGGGGUUUAUUCUGUAAACAAACAUUCUGAAGGCAAAACUUCAAGGAAGAGAUUCAUGAAGCAGGGCCAAUACAGGAGCUGUGGAUAACGUUGAGAAAAUCUUUCCACCUGUUUGUGUCAUUUUAAUCAAAUGUCCAUGCUUGUUUUGUGAUUUUUGGUCUUUUGAAAACUUUUGUCCCUAUGAAAUGUUUAUUUAUUUAUCUGAUUGGUGUUUUACGCUGUAUUCAAGAAUAUUUCAAUUAUACAAUGGCGGCCAGCAUUAUGGUGGUAGAAAGCCAGGCUUUUAUAGUGGGGAAACCCCCUAUAAAAUGUCACAUUGACUGUGAUAAGAUUGACCAGUCUUAUAAGUUAAUGGAAAAAGUGUGCAAAAUGUGUACAGUUAUUAUGAAAAUGUCACUAAGUACAGUUAAUUUGUGUUAUUAAUGAUGCAAGCUUCACAAAACUGUGGAAAUUAUUUCUCUACAACCCAUAAAAUGUUUGAAAAUGUUCAUUUUGGUUUGCAGUGGCAAUUGAAAAGUUUGAAAAACUAGGGUAAUCUGAACAUGAAAGUUUGU